ACAACACAAGGAUCAAAAACUAACUAAGGUUCAGGUUCACAAAAAAAAACGGAUCAAAACGAGUUCACUCCCUUACAUCAGUCAUUGAUCACCCUGAUGUUCGUCAUCGACUUUGAUCUCGACUAACUCUCUCUGCAGCGCCAAAUGGAGGAGGAUUCUUGAUACUGAUUUUUCACGCGACUUUUUGAAACUAUUCCUUUUUGGAGGUCCCGCAUGACGUAGAUGUAGAUGUAUGACAAAGCAAACAUUGAAGCGACACCACAUUGAAACUCGAUUUGUUUUUCUUUUUACAAGCGACGGACUUUAACUUCCGAGACCUAGUAGUACGAUCAACACCUACUUCGCAUCAACUUCAUCGAUCAUAAUCUGAAGAACAUUCCCCAUCAAAUAACGACAAAAGAUGGACGUCGAAAGUGAGACCAUUGUGGCGACAUGGAAUGGUGAGAUUCCUGUUGGGGUUACGGAGUUCGUGACUCCUGCUAUUCAGGUUGUCAGCUCCUCAACAUUCUCGCCUUCUAGUAGCAUAGGAUCAGCUACAACGCGAGCAUCUUCAUCUUCAAGCACUGGAGGUCGUCUGUUGCCUGAAGUUGAUGGUUCACCAGCACGUGAAGCUGAUGUGGAGGGCGGAGUCAAUGCUGAUAAUGAGAAAGUAGAUGGCGGCGACAACGAGAACGACAAGGCAGUGAAGGUUGGUCACGUGGUAGAUGAGGGAAGUGCUGCCUUCUGCAAACCCGACGAGUGCUGUGUCUGUGCAUUACGGGCUGCUAGGAAAAAGGAAGCCAAACAAUCUGAAAAUGAAGAUGAUGCAGAUGCUCUUUGUAGUACUGAGGCACCUGCUGAACAAGGCUCGAACCUGGAAGACAAGAAGAGUGGAGAAAGCGGCACUCGUCCAACUACGCGCCCAACGAAAUACAGUUGUCCAGGUUGCAAGAGACGGACCUGUUCUCUAGCCUGUUCCGUUGCACACAAAAAUUACUUCCACUGUUCUGGAAAGCGCGUGCGCUUUGAUGCAUCUGCCUCGACGGUUCCGCAGAUGAACGAUACGACAAUCCUGAACGACUACAAGUUUCUUGACAGCAUAAACGAGGAGCUUGAUAGGGAUGCGCGAAAUAAAGAGGCGCUGGAUGCAGUCUUGAGUUUGCAGCAGCCAACGAUGAGUACUUCUAUAGAUCUUAGACUCUUGCUUCUACUAUCUUAAUCUUUCUUUCCUCACUGUAGUAACUAACUUGUGACCUCCUAGAAUCACUGUCCCCACUUCUUUUUCUUUUCGUCAACCACAACCGUGAUAUAAGUAACUGCUACUGCUUACCCUACCAUUAAGCUACAGCGUAAGCCUUUGUUCCUCAAUCAAAGAUCAUUGAAACUCACCAGGCUUUAUCAUCUUCAACAUCCGCCAGGUAAACGCGCCAAAAACAAAAAGAAAAAGAAAGAGCGCACGAACAAGAUGCUGCGAGACCAAGGUUUGGUUUUAGAAGCGCGUAAAAGACGGACGCGUCUACUCCUAGCCGAUAUCGGGUUAGAAUGCGCACGACAAAAUACCAGUUAUUGCGAUCGAGACACUAACAAGAUUCACUGGCGCUUAGAAUGGUCGUUUUUUGGACCUAAAGAACGAAAAGAGCUCUAUGUGGACGAUCCUAUCUGCGAGGACGUAGCGAUUGUAGACCUCCUGGCACGAUUCUUAGGAGAAAAAAUUUUAGAACCUGAAAAAGAUGGAGGUGUUGCAGAUGCUGACGGUGAUGCUGAAGCAGUAGACAGUCCCGCUGCAAAGAGACGUCGUACUGACUCUUCUGGUAGCUCUGACUCAAAGCCACCUCCAGCUGGUGACGAAGAGAAUGAGCAGGACGAUGUGUCUCGUUUUUUUGCCGCUAUUGCUGACGGCAAAGUGAGGGUAUAUCUCCGAGACAAGUUUCCUUUCGCGAAUCCGAAUGUGAACAAAUGGAACGCUUUGAAUCGGGAAGUUUCUCUUGUGGAGAUCCCUCUCUUUAGAAAAAACGACGAUGAAGGAGAGGAGCACACUGGCGGUGCGCCAGGAGCUGAGGGUCGUGAAGCGGUUAAAGUAGAUACGAGUGAGGAGGUGGAUAUCAACAUCAAGAAGGAACCAGCAGCAGCUACGGGAACAGCUACGGGAGCAGCUGCCUCAUCUGGAGACAACAAGCCGAAAGACAACAAUGUACUAAAUGGAAUGCGGGCCACAACCCUGAAAGAAGCGCUACAGGGUCGAGAGGUUGCCGAAUAUCCACGUUUUCUUGUCACCAGUGAAAAGCAUAAGCAGGAAUGGCCGUUGUUUACGCUGUUGAGCACGAAGAAAGCCGAUUUUCGUGGUGGCUUCCAAGUAGGCGACAUCGUUGUCGCACAGCGUGAAAUUCUCUAUCAUCCUGCUGCACCCGGCGGAAGAGAUGACGAGGAUGAUGAUGAAGAUCAAGACGAAGAGAACGUGAAAACUAGAGAAAGAAACGAUCAAGAGGAAUUACUUUCACAGCCGGGUCCUUCCGGACAGCAGCGUUUGAUUCCAGAGGGGACGGAAGGUAAAAUCGAAGACCUAGAUGACGAAGGCCACUGGAUUGACUGGAUUGACGUUCCAGGUUUUGAUGACUUGGUUCUGAUGGACCCGCAAACCGUGAAGAGAAAGGUCAUCAAGGUGGGAGAUGGAGGAUCAGGACAAAGCUCAUCGAAUAAAGGCUAUGGAAAAGGCAUGAAUAACGGUAAAGGCGGAAAGACGGGUGGCAAGGGCAUGGACAAAAACGGUAAAGGCUCUGGCAAGGGCAAAGGUGGAAAAGGAAAAGGCGGCAAAGGAGGCAAGAACAAAGACAACUUCUCAUUUGGAACGGCAAAUGGGGCUUCUGGUGGUAAUCCUAACAGUGUCGUUCUAGGAGAUCGAGUAGACCUAGGCGCGGACUCCCAGCAUCAACAUUAUCAACAAGGCAAGGAUCAAAGUGGCAAAGCUUCUGGGAAGAAAGGCAAAAAGGGAGGUAAAGACAAGAUGAACAGUGGUAAGAAAGGAGGUGGAGGAAAAGACAAAGAUGGCACUAGCAAUAACACUGGUAAAGGUGGAGCUGCUAGUACGACAAGUUCUAGCUGUGCGGGUCCUCUGGCAGCGUCUUUCCAGCAGACUUUCAAUAGCAGUACAGCUGGAAAAAACAGAGGAUCACUAUAUGGCAGCCAGGACCAUACUAGCCACUACAACUCUCAUUCAGGUGGUGGUGGUGCGUCUGGGGAUUACAAUAGUACCAUGGCUGCUGGAUCCGGAUCAAGAUCAGGGGGUUCUGCAUCUUCGUCAUCACCAUCCUUUCAGCCAGGUGCGUCUUCAAUGACGGCUUCUACGGCUACUAGCAAAAGUUGGAUGAUUCCCACAAGCAGUACAUCCUCAACGUCCAUGUUGAAUAGCAGCAGUUAUAACAUGUUGAACGCUGGUGCUACUUCUACUAGUAGCAGUGCUGGGAGUUCAUCUUCGAUGAACAACAAUUACAAUAGCUAUAAUCCGACUAGUAGCAGUGCUGGAAGUUCAUCAAUGAACAACAAUUACAAUAGCUACAACAAUUCGACCCCAUCUUCAACUUCAUUAGGCUUUGCUUUUCCGACAACAUCGUCUUACAAUCAGCAAAACUACAACCAACAGUUAACAUCUUCUAAUGCAGGUGGCUACCACAGUCAAUAUCAAAACCACGAGAAUCAUUACCAGAGCCAAAUGUACAACGGCAACACGACCAUGCCCCAACAACAGCAGGGAAAUUCACAAGUAAAACUGAUGCAAGCAAUAUUGCAAGACCCUAAUUUAAAGAACAACCCAGUUCUAAUGCAGCAGAUGAUGAGUGCGGUGCUUAACAUGCAGAAUCAAUAACUCCUAAUUUUUAGAAUUUCUUCACAUAGUCCUCAACGGACAGCAACAUGUUAUUGUACACACUCAACACUUGGAAACUAGACCUCACAAUAUUUUCGGAUUCCAACAUUUGAGUUUGACGCUGUAAGCUCAAUAACGACCUUAGUCAACAUGUCAC